AGGCCAGCUAUGAGCUGGUCCUCAGCGGACGAGGAACGCGCAGAAAAACGGAAUCUUGAAUUAAAGGUAUCUCGUAUCGAAGUUUCGUCAAUGCUCGUUACAGGUGAUUCAGAAGUCUUCAUCCGGACGCGUUAGUUGUGACUUGCUUAAAGUUGUUUACAAAAAAAUUUGACGUGUGAAUAAUAAAGGCGGUAAAAACGGGUUAAGCUUGUUGCACAGUUGCCAAGGCGACUGACGUGUGCUAUGAAGAAAAGGAGGCCGAUUACCAAAUUCUCGAUACUAUUUGAACUCGUUUGUUUUUUCCCUUCAUACUCGAUUUUCUUUCGAACAGUGAAUCCAUGCUUCGAAUGAUAACGUAGUGAGAUUUAAAAGAUGGACUUUACAGUCUUGGGACAUUACGAUUCUUCCAUCGAGGCUGAUACUAGUGGUGAAAAUUUGCUAUGGGAAGAAUCGAGCUAUGAUUUGUCCUCGGAUGGAUUUGUCCCUGGCAAUGAAUCUUUCGGUGAAGAGUACGAAGGUGCCGAGUUCCAUGAAACUCGCACUAUUCUGGCAGAUGGAGGACACCGCUUCGGAGUUUCCACUGUUACCUUUGACACGGUGGAAGAACUUAUGUGGAUGGGAAAUCAAGGGGGUCACGUGACGUCUUAUUAUGGAUCAGGAUUGCAAAAAUACACAUCCUUCCAAGUCCAUGCCACACAGGAGGUUCGACACAUUCAUCCUGUCGAUGAAGGAAUUUUGGUACUGACUCAGAGCAGUUUGAGAUGCCAGUUGAGAAGAGGAAUCCCUCUCUUUACCCACACAUCGGAGAACAUGAUCGACAUGCAGUGCAUGCUUCAAAGUUCGGGAAGUCAAUUAUUGAUGGGCGGUCAUCAGGAAAACAUAAUCGAUUUCAAUCUAACAACAGGCAAAGAGACUGGAUUAAUCAACGUCGGUGAGCAUGGCUGCGCCAUCAUGAGGAAACAUAGUAAAUUCGUUUGCGCCGGUAAUCCAGCUGGUAGAAUUGACCUCCGAGAUCCAAACACACUCUCGGUUGAACACACGUUAGAUACACACAGCGGUUCGCUAAGUGAUUUCGAUGUACAAGGCAACUACCUUGUCACGUGCGGAUUCAGCAACAGUCGACAGGGACUUUCGGUAGAUCGAUUCUUGAUGGUGUAUGACUUGAGACAAAUGAGAGCAUUGACUCCCGUCACAACUUUGGUAUACCCGCUCCUUCUGAAGUUCCUUCCUAGCUACUCUAGUCGUCUAGCAGUUGUAUCCCCUAUGGGCCAAAUGCAACUACUCGACACUAUUUAUGCUGACGUUCAACCAUCCUUAACUUGUCUCUAUCAGGUCGCGACUGGUGGCGCUAUGGUCUUAUCCUUCGAUGUAUCGCCCACAUCGAAAUGUCUCAGUUUUGGCGAUUCCGCUGGUUCUCUUCAUCUCAUGGCAACAAAUAGUCCGGAUCCUCAAUUCAAUGCUUUCCCAAGGCCUACAGAAUUUGCUGACCCGGUUGAAACCCUCGAAUCUAUUCCCCUCGAUGAUAACGUAACGCCAUUAAGCAACGUACCGAUGAUAUACGCCGGUGUCUCCCUCCUUAGUGAUUGGCCUGAGGAAUUCUUGAAAAAAAUUUAUCGAAAAUCGCCAGCAAUAGACCCAGAAAUAUUGCGAACAAUGAAGAUGCAAGGAACGAUCGGUUACGCGCCAAAUCCACAGGCGUUCCGCAGAAAUCAAAUUCCUUACAAUUUGGAAAAACGUCGGGGCUUGGUAACGAAACUUUUCGCUGGUGAAUCUCGCUCCAAAGCGGAGGACGGUAGCUUCAUCGCUAUACCGAAACGAUACCGCAAAAUCGAAGUCAAAUAUUCGAGACUCGGUUACGAUGAAUUCGACUUUGAUCAAUACAAUCUCACGAGCUUUUCUGGCCUCGAAGCAACCCUUCCCAACAGCUAUUGCAAUGCCAUGCUUCAACUGCUGUAUUAUUGCGAUCCUGUUAGGAUAGGAUUGCUGUCCCACUCGUGCCAAAAAGAAUUUUGCCUAUCCUGCGAAUUGGGCUUCCUCUUUCACAUGCUCGAUACCUCGAGAGGCGUGCCUUGUCAAGCAGCCAAUUUUUUAAGGGCCUUUAGAACUGUUCCUGAAGCAGCAGCACUUGGACUUAUUCUCAGCGACCUUCAUCCUGAAGCUAAACGCAAAAUCAGCCUAAUAAGACUGAUACAAAGCUGGAACAGAUUCAUCUUGCAUCAAAUGCACUACGAGAUAUUGGAAACGAAAAAACGUCAGCAAGAAGAGGAGGAAGCAGCGCGUUUGAAACUUGGUCCAAAGUGUCCCCAGUUUGUAUACAACGAGCAAGACUUUCCUAGUAUAUUGCAGGAUCUUGGGUCGCGUUAUAAGAAUCAUGAUAUCGAGAAAAAGAAAAGGCGUAGACAAGAGGAGGAUGGUAAAUAUAUGUGGAUUACAUCGAAAGACAGCAGCAGCAAAAAAUCACCGGAAGAACCGGAAGUUCGUGACGAAGAAACCGACAUCAGUCGCACAUUUGGAGCCGAACAAAUGCACAUCCAUAGAUGCCUCAAAUGCGGACAAGAAGCAUCGAAACAUUCCAUCAUGCUACUGUGCAAUUUGGUUUAUCCAGAAACAACGAGUUCUAAUGAAGAAAUUCCAUUUACAAAAGUAUUGGCCCACAGCUUGAGACCUGAAAAAAUAACACCGGCUUGGUGCGACAAUUGUCAAAAAUUUGCGCCUACUCUACAGUCGAGAAAAUUAACCAAAUUACCACAAGUUUUGGCACUCAAUUGCGGCUUGGAUUCUUCACAGGAAAAGAAAUUUUGGCAAACGCAGAUGGACAUAGUUGUACAAAAAAUUCUGAAUGGCAAAGAGAGCAGUCCCUCGUCCAGCCCUAUUCCAAAUACGGUCAAGCUCUGUCGUUACGGAAUUAACUGCAUAAGAGCUGGUUGCAGGUUCAGGCACAUCGGCAAAGAUGCGGAGCCAACUCCGAUUCAAACGUCAUCUACGUCGCCGGUAGUCAAUGUCCAAGCACCGACUCCACCGAGUCAUUUGUACUAUUCGCAUUCGUGGAUUCCCCACGUGAUCGAAGUGAGAUUAAACGAAAAUGGUGAAUUGUCAGUGGACAAGCUCGAUAAGCUUAGUCCGAAUGACGGAGCGAAUGAAAAUAGAAAUAAACGAGAAGUACUCGUUGAGAAUGGUCAAAGUAGCAAUAACUUGCACUCAGAUGCGCAAAUUGAUUCGCAAAAAAUCAGCGAAGCCGUGCCCACGGCGGUGAAUGAUUCCGAAAACAAAGAAAACGACAACACAUCCGUAGCGGAUGAAUAUUCGGGAAAAGUUACGAAAAUUCAGUACAUACUUAGCGCUGUCGUUUGUUACGUCGAUGACAAAUCCAGUGACGAUCGGCGGCACGUUGUUGCGCUCGUUCGCGUCAGUCCUGAAUACCAUGAGCGAUCAACCGGAAGUGCUGUUGCUCAGUGGUAUAUUUUCAACGACUUCAGCAUAUCAGCGGUAACGCCUCAAGAAGCAGUUUGGUUUAAUUUGGAUUGGAAAGUGCCGUGCAUUUUGCAUUACACCGUGGCACGAUCGCCCGAGCCAGCGUCAUUUGUCAGUCCGCUGACUUACGAUGUUUUUGGUGAAGAUAAAUGUAUAGCUCGAAGCGGCGGAACACGAGGAAUCACUUUUACCCCGCUGACAUCAGACGAAAUGCCUAAAAAAGGAGAAUUGGUUGGAAUCGACGCAGAAUUUGUGACACUCAAUCAAAAAGAAUCCGAGCUUCGUAGUGAUGGAAAAAUGUCUACAAUCAAACCCAGUCACAUGUCGGUUGCUAGAAUAACGUGUAUUCGGGGGCAAGGACCGUUGGAGGGUACGCCUUUCAUAGAUGAUUACAUCAGCACUCAAGAACAAGUGGUUGAUUAUCUAACGAAAUUUAGCGGUAUACAACCCGGUGAUUUGGAUGCUAAUUUUAGUAGCAAACAUCUCACGACGCUCAAAUCCACAUACCAAAAACUACGAUUUCUCGUUGACAAUGGUAUUAUAUUCGUUGGACAUGGCCUCAAAAAUGAUUUCCGGGUCAUAAACUUGGUCGUUCCGCCGGAACAAAUUGUAGAUACGGUUUUGUUGUUCCACUUGCCUCAUCGUCGAAUGGUCUCAUUGAGAUUUUUGACAUGGCACUUUCUCGGCAAAAAAAUUCAGUCAGAGACUCAUGACUCUACAGAGGACGCUCGAGCGGCACUCGAGCUGUACCGAAAAUACGAAGAACUCAAGAACAAUGGAAAAUUGUUUGAAGCUCUUAAAGAAUUGUACACGAUCGGAAAUGAGCUACAGUGGAAGGUACCGGAAAGCUGAUCCGAGGAGAAUUCUUUACCGUCUCAAGAUCCUGAAACUGUGAUCUAGUAGGAACGCGCGAAAGACCCAUUUUAAUCAUGUUUUAAGGGCAGCAAAUGAACAAUCGAUAGUUUUUAUUUUUAUUUACAGAAACAAAGAAUGAUCUCUCGAUUCACCAUCGAUCGCGUGGUGAACGGGUGGUGGUACAACGGGUUCACCAUUUAUCAAUGAAAUUUUUAACAAUUUUUUUUAUCAAUUCUAGAUUAUCGGUAUUCGGAGCAAGUCAUUUUCACACACUCCAUGUCUCAAUCAUUGUAUUCAUGAAACUAUUAUUUUUUUCCAUCGAAAUACGUCUAUAAUAGUUAAUUCAUUGAAAAUUUAAUCACUUUGCACUAGUGGCGACUUCAUUAGUAAUGAUUAUCUUAGGAAUAUGCAAGUUUUUUUACAAAAAAAAAAAAUGAAUUUUAUUCGAGUAUCCGUUUCCCUGACCAAAAAUAUAAUUAAAGGAGUAAAAUAAUUCAUGAAAUACAACAUCCUCAACGCAUAAAACAUGAACCAUUCGCGUUAAAAUAUUUCGGAAACAAAUUCACAUUGCGAUUCAUCUGAAAUCUUUCGGUGGUUCAAAAAAUCGGAAAUUUGAUUAAAAAACUGAUGAACUUGCAGCAAUUCUGAACUAAGACAAUCUUCCUUGGGUAUCACGAAAUCUAUGAAAAAUAUCAAAUCAUAAAAUCACUUGAAACGCAAUAUUUACGGGUAAAUCACAAUUCAAUCGCGAUAUUCAUCUCGUGUGCUUCGAGAAAUCACACGACCAAUUUAUUUACAACCAGACAUUGGUAUGGCCAUUUUUUACAUACACACAUCGUGAGAUGAGGCUUCGCGACACUUUGACAAAACAUUUAUUACUUUUUUCAUAAUUUUUUUGUUAUUCGUUAUCUUAUAAAUGUGCUGUUGUGUUAAACGAUAUUUAUAUACGGAAAGAAUUGCUGAAUUCAGCCGAUUUCUGUAAGUUUUUCCUUUGUUAAACUCACAACUUGUGUAAUCAUUUAAUGAUCAAUUGCAUGAACUUCAUUGGAUCAUUUCAUUAGAACAAUUCAAUUAUUAUAUUAACCAAUACUAUUUGUCAACUGAAUUAUUAUUCACAUGGAUUUUCUAAAAAAGCAAUCGAUGUUUUUUUCAGUGUCGGAAGCACUCGCAGCCGUUGAUAGUCGUUUUUAAAGUUUUAUUGAAAUAUGUAAAAAUUUUGUUCAGGAUAUUGCUAAAAGUCUGCGCUGCGUGAUAACUUUCGUUUUAGUAAACGAACACAAAUUACCGAAACAAAUUGUCGAAAAUAUAAUGAACUGUUUAAAAUAUAUGUUAGAGAGAAAGAGAGAUUCAAGGUAAAGAUUUUGAAAAUUCGAUCACGUUUCACGGUCUUUGUCCCUCCGUUGUAACGAAAAUAAGUAUUGAUGUCAGGUUUAUUGUACAUAAAUAAUGUUCGAUAGUUUUUAUCGAAUAAGGGUGUUGUUACAUUUUGACACACUGCCCAGAUAAUAAUAUUUCAAUCGGUUGUAAAAAAGAGCCAAAGAGUUGCAAACGGUAUGUAGAACGAUCGUCGAAAAAUAAACAAUAUCAAUGAGGCAAUAAUACAACACUGAAUUUACAAUGAAUUAAAUUGGAAAAAAAGAAACGAAAAAACUAAAACUGUUUUUUUUCUUUACAUCUACCGAAUGUUGGAUAGAUUCAACGAUAUCAAAAUAUUCUUCCGAAUCGUGACGCGAAUAGGACUUUUCCAAGAACAAAACUAAUAAUCAUCGCGAAUAAAUCCUAAUACGAACAUUUUAUAACAAAGAAAAGGAAAACUGACAAUUGUACACUUCUAGACUAUUUUUAUAUACGUUUUAAGAGAACGAUUGUAUGUGAGUACGAGGGAAAAAGAGAGAGAGAGAGAGAGA